AUGGUGAAUUUUACAAUUACAAAACAAAGAAAUGUGAACAGUGUCCAUUAAAUUGUUAAAUUUGCAAUGAACCUAAUAGUUGCAAGUAGUGCAUGGCUAAUUAUUAACUUAAUUCAUUAAAAUAAUGCCUGUGCCUCUAGAGUUAAUAUUUUGAUAAUGAAACAAAAUCUUGCUUAGAUUGUGAUAAAUCAUGCAAAACUUGCAAAUAAACUUCUAAAAUAUGUACUUCUUGCUAAGAAUUUCAAUUUUUAAAUACUUUGA